AUGUCGUAUCGGUCGGCUCUUCGGAACUAUGUUCUCUCAAAGCCAGAGGAUCUAGGCUCUGAUAUUCUACUCAGCGAAAGCGAGCGCUGUAUAACUAUAUUUGAUAAGUUUCCCAAGGCCAUGUUCCAUUUCUUGAUACUCCCCAAACUCGAUAAGACAGUUACAGCCGGAGUUACGACAAAUUUGUCAACUGAUGCAGAAGCGGCCAAGUUGAUGAUUGAAGACGAGAUGACGAAACAACACGGCUUCCAAUGGGAUGUGUUCAUAGGGUUUCAUGCGGUUCCUUCUAUGGACCACGUCCAUCUUCAUGUUAUUUCUUCGGACCUUUGCUCACCAGGGCUGAAAAAGAAACAACACUAUAACUCUUUUCGGCCGGACAUAGGUUUUUUCUUGCAUCUUGACGAUGUUCUCAAGUGGUUUGACUAUCCAAGCGCAACACCGUUCUCCAAAGGGCCAACAUUCGAAUCGAACGCGAUUAUAUCGGCACCAAAGUAUGAACCAUUGCUAAAAAGGGGGCUUGAAUGUUUCAAAUGUCAGGGAUUAUUCAAGACAAUUCCUCAACUCAAGGCUCAUUUGAAGGAAGAAUGGAACAGCCAGAAAAUUGAGCACCAGAAGAAAAACAAGCGUCCACGAAUUGGCAGCCCUGUGGAAAGUGUAUCAUGA